GACAGCAGUAGUGUUACCAUGGAAACUGGAAAGCCAGGACUGGCAAGUGUUCCAGUACACGAAAGCUCCGUCACAACGCAGGCAGAGAAAAGAAUGAAUAUCCAGGUCCCUCCUCUAACAGCAGUUUAUCUCCACGCUGUGCCACCUGCUGCUGCUAAGGCGCCCCUCCAGCUGGCCAUGCCACCAUUCUAUUCCAAGGAGACGCUUCCCUUCCUGACUCUGCAUAUUGCCAGUGGGUUGCAGCCUCUGCCCGGCCUGAGUCUUACAGCUCCUGCCACAAAGCCCAAAUCUGCAGGCAAACACAUCUGUCCGCACUGUGGACGGGAUUGUUUGAAGCCCAGUGUGCUGGAGAAGCAUCUCCGCUGCCACACUGGGGAGCGGCCUUACCCCUGCAGCACGUGUGGAGUGUCCUUUAAGACUCAGAGCAACUUGUACAAGCACAGACGGACUCAGGCACAUGCCCGUCUUUCCUCUGAGUCUGAGCAGAGCAGCUUGGGCAGCCAGGACAGUACGUCCAGCUCCAAAGAGACCUGUACCUCCAGUUUAUCUCUUGAUGAGCAAGGAGAAGAGACAGGCAGCAUGGAAAGUUGUGUUGCACCACUUGCCACCGAGAGCACAACUGCAUCCAGUCCUACAAAGGUCCACUGUGCACAGAUGCAAGGCUCAGAGAAAGAUGGACCAAAAGAAGAACAUAAACAGCAAACGGAUAAUAAACCUUUAGGCGUUGGUCGACACCUUCCCCUACAGAGGCAGGAAGCUACUCUGUUCUCCAAGCAGUGGGACUGCUCUGUCUCCAAAAGGAAAUCACAGAGUCAUGGGAGUACAGACUCUGGUUUCAGCGAUAGUCCAGGCAGUGCUUUACUCGACCACAGUAUGGAUUCACUCACUGAAUCAAGCAAGGAACAUGUGGAACAAAGCAUGAGCACAUCUUCUGAAAGAGCUCACAGUGAACAGGAGCCCUCAAAUACAGCAAGAAAGCAGGAGCAAGAGCUGCUGGUGGAGCGUAUAUCUAAGCUAAUUUCAGAAAAUACAGCUGUUGUGGAGGACAAACAGCUGGAAAAUGUACGACCGAGGAAAACUGUUCUGUCAAAGCAAGGAAGCAUAGACCUUCCCAUGCCAUACACCUACAAGAACUCCUUCCACUUUGACAUGAAGAUCAGUCCAACCCGGAAUAUUGGCUUGAAAAGACACAGUAGGUCUGGAUUAUGUUCUGUUCCCUCUACUGCUGAGCACGCCCCCUUAAUCCGCAGCCAUUCCCUUCCCUUUAACCUUACCCUGAUGCAGCCUGAGAGUAGUAGCUCUGCCGCCCCUCAUCAGAGUGAGUAUGUAACAGCUGUCCAGAGUGGAAGCUCCAGCCAGAUCAGCUCAACUGAUUUAUCCAGGAAGCCUGUAAACCAGAACUCAUCGGUCCACCGCCUACUGGUUCGGCAGACAGCCGUAGACUGCAACCACACAACAGAUGGCCCGUUCACAAAUUUAUCUGUGGAGGAGGUGUGCACCGGCAGUCUCAGCUGGGAUGGAGAUGGAGGUGACAUCUGUGGAGAGUCAAAUACCAGAAAGUUGAGAAAGAAGAAAGCAGAGAAAUUUGCUUACAAUAAGUGGUACAUGUAUGGGGGUGGAACGUUUAAAAAACUCUCACAAGACUCUACUAAUCCCCAAAACAAAGCCAAUGUUGGCCCUGAUGACCCAGCUGUGCCUUGUUCUAUUGGAUCAUUGGACCAGACGGCUCAGAAUAUAUUUCAUGUCCACACAGCAGACUUCCAGAUUUGCCUCCAGAUUAUCUCUGAUGAGCAGUUAGCCCUCAUUGUGCCCCAAAUUGAGCAUGCAUCUGACCCAAGCCAGUCACAGAUGUGUGACAUUAAGGAGGUAUUCCCAGAGUGUUCCCAGAAUAAAUCCCAAAGUGUCGGUCCAAUGGAAAUUAGCAACAAAGCAGGGAAAUACAAACAGCCAGAAACCCAAAAGGAAACUGAUGGGAGAGAGUCUCCACUCAUGCUCAGCACGGAGAGAAUAACACCUCAGAUGUCUGAACACAGUGGCACCACCACGUCUUUAGAUGAAUCUGUUUCUCCUAUAGGUCCAUCGCAACAAACGCACAGGAGCAGUCAUUCCUCCAAGGUGAGACAGACUCACAAACAGUUUCUGGCCAACACAAACUCAGCAUGA